GUUUACGACUAAACUGUUAUUUAAAACGGUUUGAGUUUCGAACUUAUGCGGUCAUUGCUGAACAUCAAAGACAUAAUGAGGCAUCUGCUGAAAGUAAUACUUUUUGUCGCUUUGUUUGCCUUGUGUCAUUCUUACAGCUUCAAUGACGAAGAAAGCCUCCAUAACGUUACAUUUCCAGCUACCUACGAUCGUAAUUUACGACCAGGAGAAAAUAGAUCCAUCCCACUUCAGGUUAAUGUUACGUUCUACUUCAAGAGCAUUAAGGAUUUUGACGAGUCCGUCAGUAAAUUUUCCAUAACUGGGGCUCUUGGAAUAAGCUGGUUUGACCAUCGCUUAACCUGGGACCCCGCCAUGUACGGGGGAGACUUGUGGGAAACUGUUAUUCCUCAGAGAAAAGUGUGGAUUCCGUUUCUGGUAAACAUGCUUAUGUACGAUGCAAUAUCAGAAAUUGGACACAUUGACAUGAAUUUAAGGCUGGCGAGUAACGGGUUAAUUUCUUGGGUUGUUCCAAACUUAUUUGAGAGCACAUGCGACCCCGAUCUUUCAUACUAUCCCUUUGAUACGCAAACUUGCAUUUUGCGCUUCUAUAUCCCUGGAUUCCUACAGACGGAAAUAAACCUAAUGGCCCCCCGGGGAACAAUGGACAUGGCAGAGUACAGCAAAAAUAGUCUAUGGGACGUAACAGAAACAAAGAUAUAUACUACCACCAAUAAUCUAAAACUUCAGGAGGCAGUGAUGUCCGUCACAAUGAAGAGACGACCUGUGUAUUAUAUAUCUAGCCUUUUAUUGCCAGUUGCUUUUCUGUCAUUUCUACAGUUGAUGGCAUUUUUGAUGCCACCGGAAUGUGGAGAGCGAGUGGGAUUCGGAACAACAGUACUUCUGGCCGUGGCCGUAUAUCUUACUCUCAUACAAGACAAGCUUCCUGAAGGAUCGGAGCCAAGUGUAGCGUAUCUCAGUUACAAACUUCUAGGAGACUUCAUGGUGGGAGUAGUGAUGACUGUGGGGAUUAUUGUUGCUCUCCGAUUUUAUAACAGGGAGGACACCAUAGAAAUUCCAAACUAUCUUAAAACUUUUCAUAAAAUUGUUCUUGGGCCACGCAUGUGUGGAUGUAAGAAAAAACAUAAAGUGGAAGAUAAUGAUACAAAAAUACCCCAAGUUGUUAAUGAUUCCAAGCAUGAUGCAUUCUCCGCGAAUUUGACCUGGCGUGAUAUUGGCUUGGCUACAGAUCGCUUUUGCUUGAUUAUGUUUGGAUUUGUGUUACUGAAUUGCAACGUUGUGUAUAUCAUUGUCAUAGCUUCCUUUUAUUAAAUGUCUUUAAAAUAGUUGCACUGCAAUUAACAUUUACAUUAUUAUCGCCAAACUCAUAUCAAUUAAUUGUUAUGGGAAUUAUUUGCUCGUCAUAUAUUUUCUGGUUUAAAUCGGGAUUUGUUUGAAAUUCAUUACUUUGCUAUCUUUAAAUCAAGAAUUCUUAAAGAGUAUUUAAACUAUUGAAGUCUUGUUUUUUGUUGUUUUUUUUCAAAUGAAAACGCAAAACUAAAGCAAAUGUUUUGUUUGGUUAUCGUUACCCCAAGAAACUAUAUGAAGUUAAAUUGAUUAAACAAGGAUAAUCAGGAUUUUUUGUGUAAUCAUUUCUUACACCAACUUAAAAAUUGGUCAGUAAUUCCGCACGAUUUGAAUAUUGCUGAAUGAAAAAUGUUUAUAUGUAUUGAUAAUUUCAAACAUUUUAUAACAACA